CUUAUUUGACCUUUUUUGGUUAGUACAUGGGCCUAUUUGCACCUUUUCCCAUGAUUUGGAUGAAGGCCUUCCCUCUGGCGUUUUCUCCGACUAGAUUGCAUCACUUGAUCCGGCCAUCCGGGUAAUUGGACUGAUCCAUCUCUACAGUUUUUUGUUUCGAUUUCCAUUUUCCUUUUGGGUAAGAGAUACGGAGUAUACGUUAAUACGUCAAAGUAUCAGCAGUUUUUCAUUCUUCCGUCAACUAAUUUGAUUUUUCAGUACAUUUUAGUUUUCAAUAAUCUCUACUUAUGUUUUUCUCGUAAUAAUUUGUAAUUUUAGCGGAUGGUAGUUUCGAGCUUGAAGAAGUACCUAUUGGCUAGUUCAGACCCAAUUUGUAACCAUUUACACGAUUGAGAUUUUGAGUUUAGGGCGUUGUAUUGCGAGUAUGAGACUCUCUUGAACAUAGUAUUUUUUUUUAAUUACUCAUUUUUCUCUAUAGAAUGCUCCUCGAUUUCCUUGACAGUUGCUUAAUUUCCCUUUAGAAUGUUCAUUUGCGUUUCCUUGAAUGAAUACAAAUAUCAUGAUGCAUCCGGAUAUGCUUUUUAAAAACUGUAGUUGCCCUAAGCAUGUGCAAAAUCACGGGCUGCUGUCUGUUUCUGAGAGUUCUUCUGUUUAUGUUUGUUUUUCAUUUUAGAAUUCUGUGACUUCCUUGAGCAGGUGUGACGAUGGUGUGCAAAAUCAGCACCAAAACUCUUAUUCUCUUGUAAGGAGAUCAGUCUAACAAAUCGAAUAAGAAUUUCAUCCUAUCAUUUAUUUCUCACAUAGAAGGUUCUUCUAAGAGAGCAUCCGGAUUCACACCAUUUUCACAUGGAGCACUCAAAGUCAAGCCAGAAUAAUUCUGCAGUCCAGUCACCCAAGAAUAUCUUCAUUCUAUCAGGCCAAAGCAACAUGGCUGGCCGUGGUGGAGUAGACAAGCACAAGCACUGGGAUGGAGUAGUUCCUUCUCAGUGUAGCCCUGACCCAUCCAAAAUCUUCCGUUUCAGUGCACAGCGUCACUGGGAGGUUGCUGCUGAGCCACUGCAUUACGACAUUGAUACCAAGAAGACCUGUGGUGUGGGACCAGGAAUGUCUUUUUCAAAUGCCAUGAAGGAGAGUGUAGGUGUUAUGGGCCUAGUGCCAUGUGCUGUAGGUGGAACUGCAUUAAAGGAGUGGGCACGAGGGGAACUUUUGUAUGAAAACAUGGUUAGUAGAGCAAAAGCUGCCAUUUGUGGAGAUGGCUGUGAGAUCAAGGGGUUAUUAUGGUAUCAAGGAGAGAGUGAUACAUUAUCGAAACAGGAUGCUGAGAGUUAUAAAUCUAAUAUGGAAACACUAAUACACAACUUCCGCUGCGAUAUGAAUUUGCCCUCUUUGCCAAUUGUUCAGGUUGCUAUUGCAUCAGGGGAUGAAAAGUACAUUGGAGAAGUAAGAAAAUCACAAAAGAUGAUUAACCUUCCAAAUGUGGUUUGUGUUGAUGCCUUAGGAUUGCAACUCAAGGAUGAUAAACUCCAUUUGACUACAGAAGCUCAGGUUCAACUUGGCAAAAUGUUGGCUGAAGCAUACCUUACCCAUUUUGCACAAAACAUUUCCUCUUCUGCUGAUCUUUGAAGCUUGGAGUGUCAUUAAAUUAAGAAUCACUACUUAAAACCAUCUCUCUGAAGAUUUAUUCUAAUAAUUAACCGAGCAUCAAGAAGCAUGUGUGAAGGGGCACACUAUUGUUCUCGAGCUUGCUUGGUUCGGGGAUUUUGGAGGGAAGGGAUGGGAGGGCAGAUUUUUAGUUUACUAUGCAUCUUUCUUUGUCGGUUUAAACAAAAAAUCACCUAAUGAUUAGUUAGAUCAUGUACUAGCUUUUACUCUUCAGUUUAUUUCCAGCCUAUUAAAUAGAAAUAAAUUGAAAUUUAUAACGAGGGUACCAAUUCAUGACAUAUACGGAGUAUAUUUAAUCUAUUUUUUUUUUCUA